AUGUCACAGAAUUUGGAUAUGGAUAUUGUAAGUUUCGGAGCGGUGCGCGAGUGGCUCGGGCCGGCCCAAGCAAGUGUUUUUGUAAUUAAAUUAAAGUGUAAUUGUGCAAUCUUUAUCUGCGUUGGUGAAAGUUAUAAGCUAACGUCCUGUGUCGCGCAUGAGCUUACAACGCCCGACUUGGAAGCUUUUGCUAACUAUGAGGACAUGCGUCGCUACAUAGCCUCGCGUAGUCAGCGUUCCAUGCGUGUCAUUGAUAACCCCACACAUGACAGCUAUAUUAUGGCUUACAAUGAGCAUCACGAGCUCGCGGGACGUGAGCGUCAAAGACGGGCAGCGACAAAUGCUCAUAAGAUACCUAAAUUGCCGAGUGAGCCGCAGUUGGUUAAAUUUGAAAUUAGCGACGCAAUCGAGCCCAGCGCCGAAGUGAAGGAGCUGAUAAGGCAACAUCGCAGCCGCGAAGAGAAAGAGACGAAUGCAACGAGUACGAAUAUGUCUACUAAAAGCGGCAAAGUUAAAUCCACCACAACAACUGAAGCGACGACAAUCGAGGUGAUUACUGGUAGAACCAAGUCCAAAGCCACCACUGUGGUACCGAAAAGACCCACACGUGGCACUCGCGUAAAAAUUACGCGCAGCAAACGUCUCAAACGCGCUGCCACUACCAAAGCAGUGCCCGAUAAACGGCGAUUUGAUUUUCAAGUAAAGCUAAUACCCUUCGAUAUCUCCGAUGCACGUGAGCCCGACGAACAAACAAAAGCGCUUAUACGACACAUGCGCACGCUGGAGUUACAAAAAGUACUUAAUAGUGUUUCCACUAGCACUGCAGCGCCAGCAGCAAUACGCGUCUACCGCAAUGCCCCCGCGACGAUUGCUACCCAACCGCUACGCGCACCAGUGCCCAUCUUCAAUCCGAGCAAAUACUACCGGCCGAAGACGGGUAAAUUUUUCAUGAAGCGCAAGGGUAAACGCGUGAAGCGCUCGACGCCACAGAUGAUACGCUUCGAGUUGGAGGAUGCACGCGAGCCAGACACCGCUACAUUGGAGCAGCUGCGAUUUGCAAGGCAAAGCCACGCGCAGACAAAAAACAAACCCGCUAAUGACGGGGAAGAUAAUAUUACAGUUAUUAACAAACGUGAGGCGCGCAUGGAUACCAAGUCGGCGCCGCCGGUAGAGUCGCCUGUUAAGGAAGAGGUUGACGAGGGUGAGUCUGACUUGAAUGCUGGCGAAAGCAAGCGGCUGUACGUGUACAAGGAAGUGCCUGUUGUCAAGGCGAAAAAAUCAAUUGGCUCGCUGCCCGUGGAAGUACAGAAGAUCAUAACAAAUCUGAUGAAGGAUCAUGGCGCCAGUGGGGGUGGUCCUGGUGGCGCUAAGGCCUACGUGAAAUACAUACCAUCGCAUAUGGUUGACUAUCGCCAGCUUAAAUCCCUCUACGGCGCGAAACUCGCCUUGCCGCCAACCUACAGCGUCGGUGGUGCGGGUAAACUCUCGCCCGCCUCAUACAUGAAGUACAUGCCGCCGCAUCAGAAGGGCGAACAGCUGCAAGUGCAGAUUCAUCCGGUACCAGUUGUGGAAAAGAUACGAUAUAUAUAUACGCCAGUAGCGAGCGUACCCGCAGGACAUGGUUAUGGAGGUGGUGGAGGCGGGCAUGCAGCUGAAGAACACGCUGCAGCACAGGCAGCCGCUGCACAUGCCGUGCAGGCGGCCUAUGCCGGCCACAAUGUCCACGCAGUCGCUGAGGCGCAGGCUGCACAGGUCGCACAUGCAGUGAAGGUAGCUCAGCACGCCGCUGAAGCUUAUGGGGCAAAGGCGGGUGGUGAAGAUGAGGACGCUGGUCAUGAAGGUGACGCGAUAGAGCACCCAAUAGUGGUGCAUGAGGGUGGUGGUGCAGCUCAACAGCAUGUGGCUCCAGUAGAGGUACACCACACCUACGCCGCCGAAGAAGAGGAGCCUGUGGCAGUAGCUAUAAAAGCAGUGCACUUCAAACCCUCGAAGCCGGAUCCGUUGCUAAAUGAAAACAAACUCUCAGAGGCGGCCGCAGUCGAAGCAGGUGAACACGGCGGCUAUGGCGGGUAUGGCGGCGGUACAUCUGAGCACGAGAGCGAAGGCCACAUCCAGGCUGGUCAGCAACCCGCUGAACAAUACAAAUACCAAGUGGUAGCCGCGCAGCCGCAAAAGGAAGCUGAACCACCACUUAUUAAAAUCGAGUACCAUGGCCCAGCGGAUGCUAUAAAACAGAACUUCAAAGAGUUACCCGAAUUCAAGCAACUCUCNNNGCUAGUCGGAAAAUCGACUGAGGAUCAAAUACACGGUCUCACCUACUUGUUGGCCAAGGAAAUGCAGAAUAAAUUGAAGAUGCAGCGCAAGAAGUUGCAGCUCGGGGAAGGCCAUGGCGCACACGGCAAUACAGCACCCAUAGUUUUCCCCCACGAAUAUCCACCGCUUGCCAAGGUGAAACAGCAGCAGUUGCAAGCGCAUGGCGGCGGUGGCAUACAUGGACGUCUAAUCGGCAUGGCCAAGUCAAAAGAGUACAUACCAAUCGUGGAGCAAGCACCUGCAGGUGAACAAAAGGCGGCUGCUGAUAGCACCGGCAGCGGCGAGUCAGAAGGCCAUAGCUCGGUACAUCGCAUUGCUAUACCUGCUGCCAAGCAAUAUGUCGCCAUUAAGGUUGAGCCAAAAGCGCCGUUGCCACACUCGUUUGUCGAAUACGGGCUCUCACCCAACUACCACGGCUUAAAAGGCGCUGGUAAAGGUGCUGAAAGUGGAGAAGGUAGCUAUGGUGGUCAGAAAACGAAAUUAUUAGUUGAACAAGUCAUACAUCAUCCGAAAAUGAAAUAUCAUGGAGGCGGCAGAGCUGUGCAAGCGAAAGCAAUUGCUGCCGAGGCUGAACUGCAUGGCGGCGAGGAAUCUAGUGAGCAGAGUUUGAGCUACGGUGAUGGGCUGCAAUACGCCUCAAACUAUGCAUUCGGCUAUCGCAUACGUGAUUUUAUUACCGGCAAUGAUUUUGGCCACAAACAGAAUCGUGAUUUGGAUGGUGUGACGCGCGGUCAAUAUCAUAUUUUAUUGCCGGACGGACGUAUACAGAAUGUGAUUUAUCAUGCAGACGAUACGGGAUUUCAUGCGGAUGUCAGCUUCGAGACAGGACAUUGAUGAGAGCGUGUGGGGUAGCGUACAUACAUACAAGCAACCAAGCAACCAAGCAGCCAAGCCAAUUUAAACCAAUUCCAACAAAAUUCAAGCCAAACAAAGUCACCGAGUGUGGGAAAUCGCGUGGAGUGCAUGUCAACUAAAAUGCAAAAAUAUCAACAACAACAAAAAAAUAAAAUCAGCAGCAACAUUUGGUUGCAGUGACAACAACGCCCAAAAAAAAGAAAAACACACUAACAACAAAACUCAGCAGCCACAAAAUCGGCACCACAACAUCCAUGGAUUGGCAUCGCGGUUUUCACGGCUCAAUUCGAUUGCAAUUGUUGGCCGGCCUUACGGCGCAGUGGCAACACUGUUCAUUUGCACUUGCACGUGUGCUAGUGCGGGUGUAUUUGGGGUGUGCGUAUGCAUUUUAUUUAUUAUUUUCUUGCAUGAAAUAACGCUAUUGCAAUCAGUUGGCUAAGAACAAUAAAAACAAUUGGCAUAAAUAGGAAAUAUUAGCAUUGCGUUUUGUGGCUACCAAUUGCAGAUUGUCACAUAAUUUGGAUCGAAAUUGUUUUUAUUUAUUGAAAUUGUUGCUCUAUUCAACUUGAAGUAAAUUUU